AUGCCCAAACCAGGAACAGCAGACUUACCCAUAAUAAGCACGCGCGGACUCAAUCCCAAACUGACCUAUGUCCUUCUGUUCUUUGAUCUGGACGUUGUCUACGACAUGAACGCAACAGUCGCAUUACACUGGUACCAACCUGACAUGGUUUGCGCUAUGCAGCGCAGCAGCGAGAUGGAUAUAUGUCAUGGGAAUCGAAUAUUGGAGCGAACAGACGGGUAUUCCAAUGGCGGCAUCCUGGUCAACCAGAGCAUGGGAGCCGAAUACAUCGCUCCACGACCACCGCCCUUCUCGCACCAUCGCUAUGUGCAGCUCCUCUUCGUCCAAAAGCCGGAUUUCCAAUUCCCGAAGUGCUAUUCCCACAUCUUCCCGCCGACGGCAGAGGCGAGAGCGGGCUUCGACAUUCACCAGUUCGUAGCCGUCGCUAGGCUUGGUGCGCCAGUGGCCGGGAACUAUUUCGUGGUGGAGUACGAUGGGCCUGUGAUGAAGCCGACGGCUACGGCUAGUCCGACGACGACGUGGCUACGGUCUAUUCUGUGCGAGGGGGCAGAUCCCACGGGUUCGGCCGGGACGAAGGCAUGUGAGAUGGGAGGGAACCUGCAGGUUGUGAUGUAG